UGCUAGUGUAAUGGACGUCGAGUCAGUUUUUAGGUUUCGCGUAUUUUGUUUAUAUCUACGAUAAUCAGCGGCGCAAACUUUUGUAAUCAGUUUUAAAAGCUUUCCUACGGCACAAUAAUGUAGUGCGUGCAUUUAAUUAUAAUCAAAAUCGUGUGUUUUACGUAUUAUGUUCAAGCUUUACUUUGCACUUCUAAUGUACUUCUACAAUCUAAAGUAGCGUAGUUAUUAGUUCUCAUUGAAUUGUUUAAAAACCCAAUCUAUCGUGUUAUUUAAGUUUAAAUGAACUUUAUUUUGUUAUGAUAGUUGUUUUUGUGUGAGUUUUACACUGUUAUAAGAUACGGAAAGGGUUUUUUUCGUAAAUAUAUUCGACACAAAAUGGUCACUUGUUUGUUGUAAGAGCGAGUAAUCCUAAAAUGGCUUUGUGCGAGAGUCAGUUGGACGUGAUUCCGGUCAAGCGUGAGUCGUCCCCGGGCUCUGAAAGCUGCAAGGAGAGCCCGGAUAAGAAACCCAAGAUGGAACCAAAUGGAGACCUAUUUGUGCCCGGGGGUCUGCCUCUUGCUGUGGACUACAGGUCUCCCGUCUCUCACUUCGUGCCUCCGGAGCUGGCCGGCUACACUGCCAAACCGAAGCCGGAGACGCCUAUUGUCACAACACCGGUGGCAGAAACGACGCCGGUGAAGCGUAAGCGUGGCAGACCGAGGGUUGACAAGACGAGCCCCGAAUACUUGGCGAAUUUAGCCGCUAGAAAGCAGGCUAAGGAAAUGGCCGCCGUGAUGAACAAUCGCAACGACAGUGGGGAGAAGCGUAAACGCGGACGGCCGAGAGUGGACAAAACUAGUCCGGAGUAUUUGGCCAGGAAACGCGCUAGGGAGCUGGGAGAAACGCGACGCGCUGCCCAAAACGAGGCCUUAGAGAGAAAGGCUAAGAGGGAAUACAAACGCCGCGGAACUGGUGCUAACGUACUCAAAUCGUCGAAAGUACUGACGCGGUCGAAAAGGCUACCGCCGAAAAAGACGCUCAAAAAAAUGCCGCAGCGCGUGGCGCGAAAAAUUGGCGAUAAAAAGGUGGUUAUACGGAGAAAUGCCAAGUUGAUUAGGAGGAAAGAAUCUGCUGCGUCCUCUUCUGCCGGUGAGACGCCGAGAGUCAAGCGCAAGUAUACUAAGAGAGCGCCAGGAACUAACAAGGAUUCGCCGCCAGCCACGGAGCGCGUAAAGGGCAAACGCGGGCGUCCCCGAAAGGACGCGAACAACCACAAGCCUCAGCAACCCAAAAUCCGCGUGCGGAGUAACCUCAUGCCUGAUAACAAUGAGCCCAUCACUUUAGAUAGCGAUGACGAACCCGACCUAGGGUCCCCCAGCCAAGCCUCAGAUUCUCUGAGCUUGGACGAGAAUCUCCGCGCGCUUCGGCAUAUACACGAGAAGUACGCGAACAUUGAUAAGGACGAGUUGUACGAAGCGCACUUGCUCGCGGCCAACUUUAAGAAGCCGAGCGAGCGGCCUAGGGACGAGGAUGAGGUGCUCUCCGUGAAAAGCUCUGAAGGUCGAGCCUCAGUGAAAGACUCGGACAGAGUGGAGAAACUAGAAGACAGCUCAGGAUCUGACUCCGACAGCAGCAGUUCCGGUUCCGGCAGUUCGUCCAGCGGUUCCAGCUCUUCAUCCAGUUCCUCGUCCAGCUCUUCAGACAGUUCUGACAGCGAGUCUGAAUCAGAGAAGAAGAAUGAUGCGAACCCUCUCCAGCCAGCUGAGGAUGACAGAUCAUUCGGUGCGUGGUCGUACUCCGGCGCAGUGUCGUCUGGCUCCGAUUCGGACCCGGAGCGUAGCGCGCCUGCCGUCCCCGUCUCGCGGCAGGACGAGCUCAGCGAGUCCGAGAACGAGUCGCCAGACAAGAGCUUCCAGUGCCACGUGUGCCGCAAGUGGUACUCCACCAGGGUCACGCUCAAGAUCCACCGGCGCUCGCACCAGGCGCGCGGCGGCGGCGGCUCGCGGCAGCGCACGCGCAGCUCGGACCGCUACGAGUGCGAUUGCUGCGACAUGACCUUCAACCGCCGCGAGAAGCUCUGGGACCACAAAGCGAGCGCGCACCGCGGCGCCAUGACGGUUCGCUGCGAAGUGUGCCGCAAAUGCUUCGAGGAUGAUGCUGAGCUGGCGCACCACGCCGCCACACACUCCGAAGACGACAGAGCCGGGCGUUGCGGCGACUGCGGCUCGUCGUUCCAGCGCUACGAGCAGCUCGCGCGGCACCGGCUCUCGUGCGCGCGCGCAGACUCGGGCGGCUCGCACGCCUGCAACCAGUGCGGCAAGCGCUUCACGCACGCGCACUCGCUCACCAGGCACGCGCACAACCACGCGCGCCAGCUCUACAGAUGCGUCGUGUGCAAGGCGUCAUUCGCGCGCGCCGACCAGCUGGCGCAGCAUCUCAACAGCCACCUCGCCAACUACAAGCGACUCAAGCCUUAAGCCGGGAGUGCAACAUAUUCACACAAUAAUGGAUUAUUAUAUUAUAUUAAUAUAGAGUUUUAUUUA